AAAGGCAGCUAACCAAACACAAAUAAACUAAUCCCCACAUUAACCCAACUUCACACACACACACACCUACCUCAUUUGACUUCAACUCAACACAACACUUUAACUUUCACAUCAAAAUUACACACAAACCCUUGUAUCUAUAUCUGAUUUUAACACACCCCAACUCAAAAUCUUGCAUUUUCUUGAUCAUCUUCAACAAUGGCUGAGCCCCAUCCAUCAGAUAUUCGAAUAAGAGUGAAUUCCAAGAGAAAUGUUAAUGUGAUCCACCCUGUUGAAGUUGGGGAAGCUCCCCUUUUGCCUUCUUCAGCUCCAAACUCAAGUAAUCAGCAAGCUGGUAAUAGUAAUCAUAAUAAUCAUCAUGGUACUAGUGAUUAUGCUGAGAUUAAGCAGUUCAAGAAAUGGGUUUCUUGGUUGAUCCCUUUGUUUGUUGUGGCUAAUGUUAUUAUGUUUGUGAUCACUAUGUAUGUGAAUAAUUGUCCCAAGAACUCUGUUGAUUGUGUUGCUGACUUUUUGGGGAGGUUUUCUUUUCAGCCCUUUAAGGAGAAUCCACUUCUUGGGCCUUCUUCUUCCACGUUGGAGAAGAUGGGUGGUUUAGAAGUGAGUAAAGUGGUUGAUGGAGACCAAGGAUGGCGUCUUAUCAGUUGCAUGUGGUUACAUGGUGGAGUUUUCCAUCUACUAGCCAACAUGUUGAGUCUUUUGGCUAUUGGCAUCCGUCUUGAACAAGAAUUUGGAUUUGUGCGCAUUGGUUUGCUUUAUGUUGUCUCUGGAUUUGGUGGGAGUUUGCUCUCUGCUCUCUUUAUUCAAUCAAAUAUAUCUGUUGGUGCAUCCGGUGCGCUUUUUGGACUACUAGGAGGGAUGCUAUCUGAACUCAUCACUAAUUGGACAAUUUAUGCAAACAAGGCAGCAGCUCUUAUUACCCUUGUAGUCAUAAUCGCUAUAAAUCUAGCAGUCGGUAUCCUACCAAAUGUUGAUAACUUUGCUCAUCUUGGAGGGUUCAUUGCUGGUUUCCUUCUUGGUUUCGUGCUUCUGAUACGCCCACAGUUUGGGUGGGUAAGCCAAAGAUAUGCUCAACAUUCUACACUGCCAGUCAAAUCAAAGUUUAAGGCAUACCAACGCGGACUUUGGAUCAUUUCUUUGAUCCUCGUUGUUGUGUGGUUGGUGGCUGCUCUAGUUAUGGUUCUUCGUGGAGUUGAUCUGAAUGAUAAUUGUUCGUGGUGUCAUUAUCUGAGCUGCGUACCUACCUCGAGGUGGAGCUGCAAUACACAGCCUGUAUCCUGCUUGUCUGAGCAAUCUGGUGACCAGCUUAGCUUAACGUGUUCAAACAACAAUAGAACCAGGACAUACACACAGGCGAAUGCAACCUCAUCUCAGAUCAGGGGACUCUGUAGUCAGCUUUGCCGAUGAUGUGUAUACUUUAUUACUGUAUAUUGAUAUGGUAUGGGUAGCUUUGAUGUAUAGAUACACCCCAUGCCUACAUGAGUCUACAAACCAGCUUGUUUUUUGUUACCUUGAACUGUUACUGUAGUGCUAUGUAUAUUUGAUUUUUCAUUAUGCUAGUUUGUUGAUUACGUUUA